GCAAAAGCGUUUAAGAAGUAACAAUUGAAAGCUGCUAAAAGUAAAAGGGUAAUUAUUAAUACUUGAAACAAAAUAAGCAGAAACAGAUUUUAUAAGCACAUAUUAACCUAAUUGAGAAAAUCACGUUUGCAACCGUAAUUCCGACUCACACCAUGGUUUCAAAAACUCUCACCGAACGCCAAAUUUACUUAAGAUUAUAAGAAAAAGUGAUUAUGGAACUUUUUCCUAUACUCCUAAACGAACUCCGCUGCAUUACACUAAGUUUCUCUUCUAUAUUUCAUAUUUGUUUAAUAGAAAUUAAUAACAGAUAACUCAUCAAAUGAGCAACCUAAUUAGACCUCUCCUAAAAUGUAUAGAGACCCAGCUCUGUCCAUUUUUUUUAUUAUGAGGGAGGCUCGUAGGCUUAAUACAAUGAAAUAGAAAUCUUAAUAGCUAAUAUAAGGGCACGGGUAAUUUAAUCAAGUAUGGAACCUGAAACCUCUUGAUUAUCAGGUCAAGGCUUGUGCCCCUUCUUUACUGCACCAAAUUUUGGCCAUGGUGAGGAUGAGAGUAGUAUACGUUUCCUAGUCUAGAAGCAAAGCUAAAGUUUUCUUUUCUUACACAUGCUUUUGAGCUCUCUGAUAGAACUUUUCUAGCUCCGAUGUAUAGCGUUAUUAAUGGUUCUUCUUGGAUAAGUGUACAUAUACAUUCGUCUUCUUUUGAUCAAUGAGAAAGUCCCAUCACUUAUUAAAAAGAAAAAGUAGAGAGAGAUUCCAUUACAUUUUAAUUAUCGAGAGUAAAAUUAUAAUUUGUUGUAUCUCUUUAUUUCUCUUCUGUUAUUUAUUUGUUAGGCAGAGCCUCCCACUGAAACCAGUACGGUGCUUAAAAGCCACUCGAAGCAUCGUCUGUAGAGUUAUAUCACUACAACUUGUAGUAUAAGGAGAGAAAAAUCAAUUAAUGAGAGCUCAGUCCUAUAUCUCCACUCUGGCUUCUCUACUUCUUCCUCGUCUUUUCUUUUUACCAAUACUGCAAAUCGCGAUUGGGUGGCCAGUGGACCCCACCCGAGGGUUCACAAACCUCCCACUGGUGAACUUGACUGAUUAUCACAUUCAGAAGCCCUAUGACUUGCCCGUUGGCGACCGAUACAGCUUCAAGAAUGGAGUCCACAGGCUGUGGGUCUACUCCACUGACAACCCUCUGUCCAAAGGGAGCCCAACUAAACCUCGGAGUGAGAUCAUCAUAAAUGGUUACAACUACUCAUCAGGGGUGUGGCAGUUUGAGGGGCACGGGUACGUCCCAUGCGGCACUUCCGGGGUCUGCGUCAUGCAGGUAUUUGGUGCAAGCCCCCACAACACGACCCUCAUGCUUAGGGUCUACAACGGCUCUCUAUAUUACUACAACGAGAGUCUCCUGGUCCCGAAUAUCUAUGAUAGGUGGUUCAAGUUGAACGUGAUCCAUGACGUGAAUGCAUCCCGACUGAAUGUCUAUGUUGACGGGGAUCUAAAGCUCGAGGCUCCAGGUCGUGGAGGCACAUUCCACUACUUUAAGUGCGGGGUGUAUGCGCAGGACAAUGAAUCAUUUUACAUGGAAUCCCGUUGGAAGGGGAUUAAGGUCCUCAAGAAAUGUGACAUUUGAGAAGAUUGCCGCCUAGCUGGGUUAACUUUUAUGUACCAUUUGCCCUUAAAUUUGUGAAAGCGAUCAUUGUCUUCGUGACACAAAUAAAAACUCACCUUUUGGCAAGGUUGAUA